UCUACCUUACAUGGCUCUGACAGCCACCACCAGCGGCGGCAGAAGUGGUGGCUCAGCCCUCGCAAAUUCUUGCCUUCAAUCCCCAAAGCCUUCACCUUUAUUACAUAAACCCAUUUUCAUCACCACAACCCCAUCAAACUCCAAAAUCAAACCAAGAAUCAAACCCAUCUCAGCCGUUCAAUCUCCACCUUCAUCCACAACAAAAACAGCUCAAAACCCUGAGGGAAAAAAAUGGAGUCUUGAAAGCUGGAAAUCAAAACCAGCUUUUCAACUCCCUGAAUACCCUGAUAAGGUAGAGCUGGAAAAGGUUCUUGAAACUCUUUCAACAUAUCCUCCAAUUGUAUUUGCUGGGGAAGCUAGGAAUCUUGAAGAGAAAUUGGGUGAAGCUGCUCUUGGCAAUGCUUUCUUGUUGCAAGGAGGUGAUUGUGCUGAGAGUUUUAAGGAAUUUAGUGCUAAUAAUAUUAGGGAUACUUUUAGAGUUAUCUUGCAGAUGGGUGUUGUGCUUAUGUUUGGUGGUCAAAUGCCUGUCAUCAAGGUGGGUAGAAUGGCAGGUCAAUUUGCCAAGCCAAGAUCUGAUCCAUUUGAAGAAAAGGAUGGCGUGAAGCUGCCAAGCUACAGGGGAGACAAUGUGAAUGGUGAUGCUUUUGAUGAGAACUCAAGAAUUCCUGACCCCCAUAGGAUGAUUAGGGCUUAUACUCAGUCUGUAGCUACGUUAAACCUCCUCAGGGCAUUUGCUACUGGAGGAUAUGCUGCCAUGCAGAGGGUUAACCAGUGGAAUCUCGACUUUACUGAUCACAGCGAGCAAGGUGACAGGUACCGUGAACUGGCCCACCGGGUUGACGAAGCAAUGGGCUUCAUGAGUGCUGCUGGGCUUACAGUUGACCAUCCAAUCAUGACUACAACAGACUUCUGGACAUCACAUGAGUGCCUUCUCUUGCCUUAUGAACAAGCACUUACAAGAGAGGAUUCAACGUCUGGCCUUUAUUAUGACUGCUCUGCUCAUAUGAUUUGGGUUGGGGAACGAACGAGGCAAUUGGAUGGUGCUCAUGUUGAGUUUGUGAGAGGAAUUGCCAAUCCACUCGGUAUCAAGGUGAGUGACAAAAUGGAUCCAGAUGAACUAGUCAAGCUUAUUGACAUUCUUAACCCUCAAAAUAGACCAGGAAGAAUUACAGUGAUCACCAGGAUGGGAGCUGAUAACAUGAGAGUAAAGCUUCCCCAUCUGAUCAGGGCUGUUCGCAGAGCAGGUCAAAUUGUCACUUGGGUCAGUGAUCCUAUGCAUGGAAAUACCACUAAAGCCCCUUGUGGACUCAAAACGCGUUCAUUUGACUCUAUCCGGAAUGAGGUAAGAGCAUUCUUUGAUGUACACGAUCAAGAAGGGAGCUAUCCAGGUGGUGUGCAUCUGGAGAUGACGGGUCAGAAUGUAACAGAGUGCAUUGGAGGCUCUCGGACAAUUACUUACAAUGAUCUGAGCUCGCGCUACCAUACACAUUGUGACCCAAGGCUUAAUGCUUCCCAAGCACUUGAACUUGCCUUUAUUAUCGCCGAGCGCCUCAGGAAAAGAAGGCUGGGACCUAAGUUAAGGUUCUAGAAAUCAUCUCAGUACUUUUGGCAGUGUCUGUGUGAAGGGAUACUCCUAAUAUGGCAAGAUCCAAUUAUAGUAAUAUGACACUUACAGUAUCCAGUUGUGCACGGGCUGUUAGUGUAUGUGUUGAUAGGACCUCUCUAUGCUUAAAGUUUGUAUGUAUAACAUCAUCUGUGAGGCAACUUCUUCGUAAGUGAAGCGAGCAAAGGUACUUUGUUUGGUUUGAAUAA